AUGGAACAAGAGACCGAUGAGUGCUCUCUAGCCCUUUCCAUGACCUUUUUUGAGCCAUUUGAGUGCUCCAUUGACUUCAAUGAGGCCUUCCGAGUGACAGUGUACAGUUCAGAGGAAGAGGUGGGGGUCACGCAGCGCCAGCCACACAGCAAAAGAGGGAGCAAGGUGCAAAACCACAGCGGCUGGCUCCCAGCCAAUACGCCUGCUGCUGACCAACGUGCCGAGGGACAGAGAACACCAAAGCCAGCUCAAAAACUGGCUAAUGACACGAAGAUCAUCCUUGUUUGGACCUGGCCAUUUGGUGACACAUUUCCACUUAAUGAAUGUCCACCAUACACUAAUAUUUCUGGAUGCUUUUACACAGCUAACAGAACCUUGUAUUCUUCUGCAGAUGCAAUUGUUAUGCAUCACAGAGAUGUAUGUUAUUCCAGGAAACAGUUACCUCAGAUACCAAGACCACCAAAUCAGUAUUGGGUAUGGUUUAACUUGGAGUCUCCAUUACACAGCCCAAACUUGCAUUUUAUGGAUAAUCUCAUCAAUCUCACAAUGUCUUUUAGAGCUGAUUCAGAUAUUUUCACACCUUAUGGCUGGCUAGAGCCGAAUCAACGAGAUGAGAACUUCACAAUUCCUCCAAAGACUAAGUUGGUGGCCUGGGUAAUCAGUAACUGGAAUCCAAAAUCUAAUAGAGUACGGUAUUACAAAGAGCUCCAAAAAUUUCUUCCUGUAGACAUAUAUGGAAGACAGCAUUUAGCUCUCCCAACAAAUGAACAUGAAAAAACAUUGUCCAAGUAUAAGUUUUAUCUCGCCUUUGAAAACACAAUUCAUGAAGAUUAUAUUACAGAGAAACUCUGGAAGAAUGCGUUGAAAUCUGGUUGUGUGCCAGUUGUAUUGGGCCCUUCUCGAAAAAACUAUGAGCGUUUUAUUCCAAAAGACUCUUUUCUACAUGUUGAUGACUUCUCCACGCCUGAAGAGCUUGCUAAAUAUAUCUUAAAAUUGGACAGUGAUGACAAAGCUUACCAGCAGUAUUUUACAUGGAGGUCCAGACUUCAUCCCUUUGCAGAUCCUAGCUGGCAGACUCAUUACUGCAGAGUAUGUAAAGCAAUAAAAGAAGCUCCUGCACACAAAACUAUUUCAAAACUUGGAGCAUGGUACAAAUAA